CAAAACCUUCACCAACAGGCAGCAUCAUCAACCCCAAAAUGCCAGAACAACAGUCAUCGUCAACAUCCGCACCAGGGCCACCAUCAGCGGCACCCGCACCACCCGCAUCCGCUCUCCAACAAAAACAGCCGCCAAAACGCAAACUCUCCCAAGCCCUCAGCGCAUCCGCCCUCGCCGCACGGAGCAUCGCCAACAAACAAUCACAAGCCACCAAAAAGCGAAAGCAAACCGAUCCACCACCAUUAGCAGCAGCGACACCGAAUGAGAAAAAUGCGCAGGUCACUGUCCCAGCACCGGCGGCGGACACAGCACGCGCGGGAUUCAGGCCAUCGAAACUAACAAUCUCCCCAUCCCCAUUCGCAUACCUCCGUCUUCGCUUCACAUCAUCUGACCCAACAUACACAGUCACUCCCCUCCACUUCCGCAACGCGAUCAACCACGCGCUAAGGGAGGUGUUUCGGAUCGUUGGUGCGGCGCAUCAUGUUGAUUUGCUCAGAUACUCGGAAUCCAAAAGGGUCGGUAUCAUCCGGACUACAUACGAAUCGGUACCGACCGUCCGCGCGGCGUUAACGCUGUUGAGCGAGUACCAGGGGACCGAGUAUCGGGUGGACGUGCUGGAUUGUUCGCCGUGUCUGUUUAGUUUGGCGCAUAGUAGCCAGGGUGGGGGGAGGGUUGAUGCUGUGGGAUGAGUGAGGGGCAUGCCGGUGAUGAGUGGAAUCGUUCUCGAAAUCGGAUGUUUAUCGAAAAGAUUGUCGUCCGUCUGUGGGACCGAGACGCCGCAGAUGUGAGCUCGGCGAGGGCGUGGGGCCGCUGAUGAACUGAUGGGUGGGGGUAAACACUUCGCGAAAUAACAUUUCCCGAAACGGAUGUGGAACCGAGAUGCCGCGCUAGAGGCUGUCUCGGGGGGCGAGCCCGCUUGUGGUUAUGAACCGAAGGACAGCCCGCUUGUGGUUCGAACGCGAAAACGAAAGCCCAACCCGACACUCGGGGCCCAACGACGUCCUGAUUGGGUCGAAUAGAAGCCCAGAGAAAUAAUCCCCACAAGUUCUCAAAAC